ACUUUACAUUUGAAAUCAUUGCCUUUUCUCUGUUAUUGAGCGCCGAUUACACGUUUUGAUAUUUCUUCCCAAAAUUCAUUCGAUAUUUAAUAUCAUAUUUAUAAAAGAAUAAGAUAAAUAUAAAUAAAACACAAUGUCCGGAAAAGGCAAUAAAGCAUUUACUAAAGAAGAAGAACUGCUGCUACAGGACUUCAGUAGAAACGUAUCUACAAAAUCAUCAGCCUUAUUUUAUGGAAACGCUUUCAUCGUUUCCGCGAUUCCUAUUUGGCUUUUCUGGAGAGUACAUGCCUUGGAAGUGAACACAUCAUUAGCAUGGUUUGUGUUUGUGACUGCCAUAAGUACAUGGCUCCUAGCCCUCGCUUACCGCAACACCAAGUUCCAACUCAAACACCGCGUAGCUGUCCGCAGAGAGGAUGCUGUUGCUCGUGAAAUGUCAAGGAAACUGGCUGAUGACAAAAAAAUGAGCAGAAAAGAGAAAGAUGAAAGGUAACCAAGUUGGUCCCAU